CCCGACCCGGAAGUGCUUAGUUAUUCUUGCUGGCUUCACAGUGGUCUGGCUACCUGCCUCCUGGUUAGCUAGAUAACUAACUAGCUAGUCUUGGGAUGGCUGCAGAAAGAAUCAUAUCAGCAGUUUCAGACUACCCAGAAUUAUAUAACUCAACUUUGACUUCAUAUAGGGACCCGAUAAAAAAAGCUGAUGCAUGGAAGGCUGUGGGUAAACAAUUGGGACUGAAAGAGGAAGAUGCCCGAAAGAAAUGGAGAAACCUGAGGGAUGUGUUCACAAGGAAAGUGAAAGCAGAUCGGAUUCGUGGUGCCACGGGGAAAGCCCUAAAAAAAUGGAGAUAUAGUGAGUUAAUGGCAUUUCUGAUCCCAUACAUACAACGAGGUAGAGGCACUGGCAGCAACAAUAGCACAGAGGAGUUUGAUGAUGGAAAAGAUGAGACAACUAGCACCUCUGAUGUCCUGAUUGAUCUAGAUGGAAGUGUGGUUGAUACCAAGAUGUCACCACCUUUGGACAACAACUUGCAUGAGAUGACAUGGAAAGAUUCCUGGCAAACAGCUGGACAAGGAGACAAUGAGGAUGAGAUGUUUUUCAUGAGCCUACUCCCUCACCUCAAGCGGUUACCUUACAGGAAAAAGUGUGCAAUUAAGCUGAAAUUUCAUCAACUUCUCCACGAUGCUGAAUUUGAGGACACUGACUAGCCUAACUGUACAGUACAGUGUAUCUCUUUUGUAUCAACGAGUUGGGACUUUCUUAGGACAAAACAUUUUGUUGGAAAUACAUUUUAUCAAUUUUCAUUUAGUUACCUUGAGAAAGUGUCCAAGAGUGCUUCUUUGGAACCCCUCCCUCCCAGACAAACCUUCCAAGUUUGAGCCCACUGGUGAUGUCUCAGUGUGGUAGUGAUAGACUGGAGAGGGGCUGUAGUUCUUAACCGAACUAAGCUAGAAACAUUAUUUUUUGUUUUAAAUGUUUGUUGCCUAAUAUUUGUGGAGAGGGCUGCUGUUAACAAAGACCCUUUAUACAUACGAACACAUGAAAAUGGAGCUUGUUUGUAACUUUGAAUUUUAUUUGUAAAAAAUAUUGUAACCAUGUUGGUCAAUAUUUUGUGUCACCUUACCCUCUGGUCACAUUCAUCUUUGAUAAUCAUACAGGCAUAGCCAAGGGAAGAUGUUUGGGGGUGGGGGCAUGCAGAAAGAAAGUAAAAAGGCAGCGCUACAGACCGCUAUAUCGGUCUGCUAAUACAGGACUAGUAAAGGCCCAGUGCACUACUUAUUUUCUGAUUUUUUUCAGGGGGUGCGCUGCAGCACCCCUACAACAGGUAUGCAUUUUGUUUGCUCCUGUAAGACUUCAGUCUGGUUUGCAACUUAAAUGUUUUUUUUGGGGGGGUGGGGGUUUGAGUAAAUGUUCUCCAUGCUAGUGUAAUGGCGCAAUAGUUGCUCUUUUUACAAUUGAUCUUUGUCUUUACUUUUUGAAGUUGGCUAUUUCAUUCAUGCUUUUUAGAAUGUUAUUGAGCUUAAUAAAAGUUCACUCAGCUGCAUUCAUUUCA